AUGAACCACAACCUCACAUCCCUCCCCACCCCAGCCAGCAACCUCACCCUCCAGCACGUCGCCCUCGGCCGAGGAAUCCAAAACUACACCUGCCCUUCACCUCAGAAUUCCACCAGCAAGCCCACCUCCGUUGGCGCCCUGGCCACCCUCUUCGAUGUCUCCUGCAUCGCCUCGGCCGAUGAGGAGCUUCUGCACCAUCUCCCUGCCCUCGUGCAAGGCAUUCCCCUCGAGACGCUGGACUUUCUUGCCACGAUGAUCAGCCUGGCUGGAACGGGAGCGGGCAUCCUUGGUGAACAUUACUUUUCUGGGUCUGGACAGCCGUCCUUUGAUCUCAGGUUCAGUGGGGAUGACGAUUGGGCUAUGAUGAAGAAGGUUGCUAGUGCUAAUGCUCCCAAGAGUGUCGAUGUGCCGUGGCUCAAGUUAGAUGGGAUUGAUGGGGUGGGAAUCAAGGAAGUUUAUCGUGUUUAUACGGCUGGCGGUGUUAGUCCAGCUACGUGCGCGGGACACGAGGGUGAGUUUGAGGUGGACUAUGCGGCAGAGUAUUGGUUCUAUGGAUGA